CGAAGAUCGUGUGUGUUUGUUGUGGGUGCGUGUGACAGGUGACAGAGGUGCUGACAGCACAGAAGGUGUACUGUUGAUCAGGUGUGCCACAGAAAGUCUGACAUGGAGUCAAUCCCACACACGGACACGGACCCGGACCAGGAUCUGGACCCCAGCACAGACGACCUGCCGUUGAAGGCGAACACCAACCACAUGCUGGUGAAGCACUAUGUGCCGGACCUGACCGUUCACUUCGACCGCGAGGUCAUCAGCGGAAGCAUCGUCCUGUUCCUGGAGGCGGGGAAAUGGACGGGACAUGACCUUGGGGCGGGGUCCGGACCGAACCCCUCCCCCUCUUCCACAGGCCGCACCCCCGGGACGGAGCGUCCUGUCUCGGACUCGGCCGGCGGUCCCGUCGCCGGGGCAGUUGGGGACUGUUGCCACGGCGACCCGCAGCCCUCCGCGGCCGCCUCGGAUGGGGUCUCCGCCGGGCGGGAAGAGGGGUCCUGGGAGGACGGGGGAGGUGCUGGCGAUUUCGUGCUGGUGCUGGACUGCUGUGACCUUGCUGUACGGAAGGUGGAGGAGGUGGACGUGGCCUCGGUUCCAGGUAUGGGGUCGCUGUUCCCCGGCGGGGUCAAAGGGCGCUCGGACGGGGCGCCCUCUGCUGCCCUGGUGCGCGAGCUGGCCUCCAUGCCUUCCUCACGCUGGAAGCAGCAGCAGGACCUGUACUCCCAGUGUGCCCGUGCCCCUGCCCCACCAGCAGGGGGCGCCCUUCAGUUCCGCACUGACCGCUGGAGCCUCCAGAUUAGGAAGAGGGGGGUUCAGGCGCCCCACGCCUUUCCCCUCGCCGUGAGGAUCUGGUACCAGACAAAACCGGAGGGAGCUUCAGUGAGGUGGACCAAAGACCAGAGUGGCAGGCCAUGUGUUUACACCCAGGGCUCGCCCAUCAACAACCGAGCCCUCUUCCCCUGCCAGGAGCCUCCGGUUGCCAUGUCAACCUGGCAGGCCCGGGUGCGCGCCCCCAGCGACUGCGUGGUCCUCACGAGCGGGGAGAACGAGGCCUGUCCCGUCCCAGAGGAGACAGGGUUUUCCUGCUGGGAUUAUUACGUCACAAUGCCCAUGCCAGCCUCCACUUUCACCAUAGCAGUAGGGCAAUGGGUGGAAGCCAAGGCAAUGACUGAUCCCAGGACGAGGACGGAUGUUGUGGGCGUGCACCUCCCUGCGAGUGGCAGGUAGGCCCCCUGCAGCCACAUGGAUUACCCGUGCCGGUUCCCCGACACUGCAGCCCAGGGUCAGGCAGUGCUCCCGCACCGGGUCUUUACCCCGCCCAAUCUCCAACAGCGGGCGGAGUCCAUGCUCCUCCCCCUCCUGCCCCCCUGCCUGGCUGCCGCCCACCACCACCUCGGGGUCCACCCCUUCUCCCGCCUCGAUGUGCUCAUUGUCCCCCCUGGAUUCUCCAGCCUCGGGAUGGCCAGCCCACACAUGGUGUUCCUGUCUCAGAGCGUGCUGUCGGGAGAGAGCGAGCUCUGUGGCGCCAGGCUGUGCCACGAGAUUGCCCACGCCUGGUUUGGCCUGGCCAUCGGAGCUCGUGAUUGGACGGAGGAGUGGAUCAGCGAAGGCUUUGCCACCUACCUGGAGGAUGUGUUCUGGGCUCGGGUUCAACAGAGGGCGGGGGACGAUGGGCAGCUGAAAGCUCUGCUACGCUGGAGGAGGCUGAGGGACGAGCUGCAGACCUCAGAGGAAGAGCUUCAGGUCCUCAGGCCUAACAGGGAGAGCACGGGCGAGGUGAGCGAAUCAGGGGCCUCCGUGGUCAAACACGCUCUGAACCCUGAGAAGCCCUUCAUGCAGGUGCACUAUCUGAAGGGCUAUUUUCUACUCAAGUUUCUGGCCAGUAAAAUCGGAGAAGAGGAGUUUCUCAGAUUCAUCCGCCUCUUUGUGAAUAAAUGCCAUGGACAGCUUAUUCUAUCUCAGGAUUUCCUGCGGAUGCUUUUUGAAACAUUUCCACACGUACAGAGUCAAGGCCUUACCCUUGAAGCUGUUUACUCAGACUGGCUUGAUAGACCGGGAAUUCCGGAGACGCUUCUGGGAGUGAGCGAGGGAUGGUUCCGGUGCUCGCUGGCAGAAGAAGUUAAAGAGGAGGUGGCGAAGUGGAUUGAUUUUGGGGGUUCUGGCGGAAGGGGUGCUAAGCGCAGGAGGGGGGGCUCCAAGGUGAACUCCAGAGAGCUGACCCCGGAGCAGCUGGUGCUGCUGCUGGAGCUUCUCCUGGAGGAGGCGGAGCUGAGCGUGACAUCACUGAGGACGCUGGAGCGGACCUACGGCCUGCGGCGACGAGACGCUGAGGUAAGACAUCGCUGGUGUGAGCUGGUGGUGAAACACAAGCACGCCGCCGCCUACGGAGAUGUGGAGCACUUCCUCUUGGAGGACCAGGCCAUGGGCGUGUACCUGUACGGAGAGCUGAUGGUUAACGAGGACGCCCGGCAACAGGCCCUCGCCCGCCGCUGCUUCUCCCGCGCGUGCCAGGGCAUGGACCCGUCCGCCCGCCGCGUGGUGGAGGAGAUGAUCCUCUGAGCGCGCUCAGAUCAGGGGCAGCUGUGUCCAUCAAAGAGGAUCCGGCAGGAGUUCAGCUUUUUUCCGCCCCUGCCGCCCCCCCCCC